AUGAAAUCGCGGGCCAUGUCACGCCCAAUACGGCUGUAUAAAGCUCCAAGGCUUCUCUUUCGUUCCCAGAGAUUGUUCCAUGGCUCAUUGCGAUGCCUAAAAACUCCUUUAGAAGAAUAUAACCAUCGGGUCGAGACGAAAAAACUAAGGGACGAUGGCUACCAACGGAAAAUCAUCACCAAUCUUUCCAAGUUGCACGAGAGAUUAUCGACUUACACUCCUCCCACGGUGGAGAUACCGUCCAUACUGUCAUUGAAGCCGAAAAUUGGCAUCUCUGGAGCUUUCCGGAGCUUUUUUGGCAAGCUUACAUCCUCGGCUCCAACGACGAUUUCCACCGAUGAAAACGUUGUCAAGGGAAUAUAUUUAUAUGGUGAUGUUGGUUGCGGCAAGACCAUGCUCAUGGACCUUUUCUACUCGACAAUUCCUCCACAUCUUGCCAAAAAGAGGUUUCAUUUCCACCAAUUUAUGCAGCAUUUGCACAAACGGUCGCACGAGCUUAAGACGAAAUACCACGCUGAUUUGGACGUGAUUCCCAUCUUGGCAUCGGAAAUUGCCCAGGAGGCGACGGUGCUUUGUUUUGACGAGUUUCAAGUCACAGACGUGGCCGACGCAAUGCUUUUGCGUAGACUUUUACUGAUGCUCAUCAGCCCGCACUAUGGAGUGGUUCUAUUUGCUACAUCCAACAGAGCACCUGACGACCUCUAUUUGAACGGAAUUCAAAGGGUUUCGUUCAUUCCGUGUAUCCAGCAGAUAAAACGACAAACGGUGGUGAUUUAUUUGAACUCUCCAACAGACUACAGAAAGAUACCUCGACCCAUGUCUCUGGUGUACUACUACCCCAAACCAGGUGUCAAGUACAUGUCCAAGGCCAACCAGAAGAAGUGCAAGGAGCACAUUGAGCAAUGGUACGAAUACUUCAACAAAGAAAACGAUAAUAAACUGCCCAUUGUCAACGAUACCCUCGAGGUAUGGGGUCGUAAACUUGUGGUUCCCAUUAGUUCUCGUCCCUAUGUGGCUCAAUUUACCUUCCACGAGCUUUGCGGUAGCCCUUUGGCAGCGGGAGAUUAUCUCUCUUUGGCUAACUCAUACCAUUCUUUCAUUGUUACCGAUAUUCCAUACUUGAGCAUCGAUGUUAGAGAUAACGUGCGACGGUUUAUUACAUUUUUAGAUGCUGUCUACGAUGCCCGCGGCCGUCUCGCCGUCACAGCAGCAGCCCCCUUUAAGGACCUUUUCGUGGAACCCGAAGACUUGGCCAAAGACAAUUAUCUGCUCUAUAAAAGACAACAAGAUAUCGGUGGGGAAGAGACAUUUGAAAACGACGAGCUUGUUACUAAGCACGGAUUUGAUAAAAGUGUGGCUAAGAAGGCUGCGAUGUUUGCUAACGACGAGGAAAAAUUUGCUUUUGCCAGGGCCUUAUCUCGUCUUUCCCAGAUGAGCACAACCGACUGGCUAGACCAAGGAACCGAAAGAUAA